AUGCCUAUGAACCUUGAAAUGGACACUUCAGUAUUCAGCAACCAGUGUAAAGUACGAAAGUGUUUCCAGUGUCAGAAUGACACAGAAUUCUACUGUAACACUUGUAAACAUGGACUUUGUCUAGCGUGUAAAGAGAAACACGUUAUAGAUCUCGAUACCAUAUACCAUGAUGUUGUGAUUUACCGUGAGAAAUAUCAAUGUAUCCCAAAACAAGAGAUUUGUGAAAAACAUCCUGACAGAAUCAUAAGACGAUAUUGCAAUUCCUGUAAACUUCCUGUUUGUUUUAAAUGUAGAGAUCAUUUGAAACACAAACUACAGGAUGUAAUAUCAGCUUAUAAAACAUUCCGACAACAACACAGAGAAACCAUCCACAGCAUCAGAAGUGAGACUCUCUAUAACAGCUUUUUUUUCCUGGAAAGAAUCAAAACUGAUAUGAAAUCUGUCCACACAGAAAUUUUCAACAAUCAACCAAACAUGCCAAAUAAAGCCAUAAGAUUAAAGAACCUUAUUGACACAGUGAUAUGUGAAGCUAAAUUCGGAUAUACAACUUACCUUCACAGAUUCCAAAAACUGAAGAUGGCAAUUUAUGAAGGUCAUGUCAUCAUAGAGAAGUAUGAACAUCUAUCAGAACAGUCGGCAAACAAAGCUAUACGUUUCCUUUUGUUUUUUAAGAAAACCAAUAUAAAAAAGACUCCGCGUCUUACACAACAUAGCCUGUUAUCCGUGACCGACGAAAUCAACAUUAAAUUACUGAGUGAAAUACAAAUCAUUGAGACGGUAAAAAUACAAGUGAGAAAUGAAUCUCCACUGCACCUGAAGUCUAAACCCGUGUUUAACACACAUGUUACGGUGGCAGGUGUUAACAGUGUAAAUCACAUCUACCAUCUUACAUCAGAUAGGUUUUGGAUCAGUGAUGAUAGAAAUCUUAUUUUGACAAACACAGACGGCGAUACUUUGCAUCAUCUUUCAGAUAUAUUUAGCUAUUAUUCAGGUGUACACACAGUGAACGAUACCUUUGAUCUUAUAUACAUAGGUAAGAAUAAACACAUUAACAAACUAUCUAAUGACAAUCAAACAAACACUAUACUUAUAAAGACACCAAAGUCAUGGGACCCACAGUGUGUUUACUUCUCCCCCUUAAAUGAAGAUCUACUGGUCGGGAUGUGGAAUACUGAAACUUUUAUGGAAGGCAAGGUAACAAGAUAUGAUAGCACAGGGCAAAGCAUACAGACAAUACAAUACAACGCAGAAGAAAACCUAUACACGUUUCCAAGAUACAUCACAGAGAACCGCAAUGGAGAUGGCAUUGUUUGUGACUGGUACCGUGCUGUAGUGGUGACAGACCGUGGAGGAAGUUAUCGCUUCUCCUACAAGAGACAAAGACCUCCUUCAGAAUUACCGAUGACACCAUAUGGAAUCUCUUUGUUCAUCACGUUUGUGAAUGCUAACAACAUGGACAAACUGAAAUUCAGCACCCAGUGUAAAGAACGACAGUGUUUCCAAUGUCAAGGGGACACAGAAUUUUACUGCAACACGUGUAAAUAUGGACCGUGUCUACAGUGUAAAGAGAGACACUUUAUAGAUCUGGAUACCAUAUACCAUGAUGUAGUGAUCUACCGCGAGAAAUUCUUAACUUCAUGGAGACAUCAGGAUUUAGCCCACAAUGUAAAAUACUACAGUGUUUCCAGUGUCAGGGACACACAGAAUUCUACUGUAACACGUGUAAACAUGAUCUGUGUCUACAGGGGGCACCUCAUUGAUCUAGAUAAUAUAUACCAUGAUGUUAUGACUACAUUACAAAACAAGAGACCUGUGAGAGACAUCCAGACCAAAACUUGGACAUUUUCUGUCUUCUGUGUAAGCUACCUGUUUGUGACCAAUGUACAGAACACAAACAUCACCAAAGAGUAG